UCUGUUUGUAAUGGUAGGCGGGGGCGAGCCGGGAAACGUGCAGAUAGUCUUGCCACCACUGUGUGUGACGAAUAUCAACGAGAUUGCAGACUGCAUUGGUGCCAGUGGGUCAGUGGAAAGCGCGGUCACGACCACAUUUACGCUUUACGGGUGGUGCUGAUUACAGUAAUUCUCUUCCAUCGUGUAUUUCAUCCAGUGCUGUCUCUACUGGGAACCCACGCAUCUUAGAAACAGCUUUUGCUCUCACUCAAGAUGGAGGGAGAACCGAAACCCAAACAGGUGACGUGUUAUCUGCUGUUCUCACUGACUACAGCCGUCAUCGGAUCCCUUCAGUUUGGAUACAACACAGGAGUCAUCAAUGCUCCAGAACAGAAACUGCGAGCCUUCUUCAACAGCACCUGGAUGGAGCGCUAUGGGAAGCCCAUCGAGCCGGGCACCUGCACCAUCGUGUGGAGCUUGGCGGUCGCCAUCUUCAGCGUGGGUGGCAUGGCCGGGUCCUUCAGCGUGGGAGUCAUAUCCAACAAAUUUGGCAGGCGGAAGGCCAUGUUCAUUGUGAACAUCCUGGCCGUGAUUGGCGGCGCCCUGAUGGGGCUCUCCACCAUCUGCUCCUCCUUUGAGAUGGUCAUCGCCGGCCGCCUGGUCAUCGGGCUCUUCUGUGGCAUCUUCACGGGCCUCACCCCCAUGUACGUGGGCGAGGUGUCCCCGACUCCUCUCCGCGGGGCCUUCGGAACGCUCCACCAGCUGGGGGUGGUGGUGGGCAUCCUCAUCGCCCAGAUCUUCGGUCUGGAGUCUCUGCUGGGCUCUGACCUGCUGUGGCCGCUGCUGCUGUCCCUGACGGUGCUGCCCGCCGUGCUGCAGUGCAUCCUGCUGCCCUUCUGCCCCGAGAGCCCCCGCUAUCUCCUCAUCAACCUCAACCAGGAGGACCAGGCGCGCAAAGCCCUGGUGCGUCUGCGUGGCACGGAGGACGUCAGCAAGGACAUGCAGGAGAUGAAGGAGGAGAGCGUGAAGAUGGCCAUGGAGAAGAAGGUGACCAUCGCCGAGCUCUUCCGCACGUCCGCCUACCGCCAACCGCUCCUCAUCGCCGUCAUGCUCCAGCUCUCCCAGCAGCUCUCGGGCAUCAACGCGGUGUUCUACUAUUCCACUGGUAUCUUUGAGUCUGCUGGGGUGAAGGAGCCCAUUAUAGCCACUAUUGGAGCUGGAGCUGUCAACACCGUCUUUACCGUGGUGUCUCUCUUUUUGGUAGAGAGGGCGGGACGUAGGACUCUCCACCUCAUCGGAUUGGCCGGCAUGGCUGUCAGUACCCUUCUGAUGACCAUAGCCCUCUUUUUGAAAAAUAUCGAGUCCCUGAGCUAUCUGAGUAUCGUGGCCGUGUUUGCGUUCGUGGCGUUUUUCGAGCUGGGGCCCGGUCCGAUCCCUUGGUUCAUCGUGGCCGAGCUCUUCUCCCAGGGUCCCCGUCCAGCUGCCAUGGCUGUGGCCGGCUUCUCCAAUUGGACCGCCAACUUCCUGGUGGGAGUCAGCUUUCCCAAACUGGAGGAGUUGUGUGGCGCCUACGUCUUCAUCAUCUUCAUGGCCUUCCUCAUCCUCUUCUUCAUCUUCACGUACUUCCGUGUGCCGGAGACGAAGGGUCGCACGUUUGACGAGAUCGCGCAGAGUUUCGGCGGAGUCCCGGCCGCGGUCGACCCCUCAGGUGAAGCCCCGCCCCCGGGAGACUCUGCGGCGAUGUCCGACUCGCCCGUGAAGGAGAAGGUGCCCCUGAUCGCCGCCAACGCCACAGCCAACGACGUGGGCUCGCCGGGGGAGGACAAGACGUCCUCCACCACGCCUCUGUUGGCCGCGUCCAGCACAGACUCCAAACCCACCGAGGCACCGGCGCCCAGUGUGAAACCAGCACCUGCCCCAACCCCAGCACCUGCCCCAACCCCAGCUCCUGCCCCAGCUUCUGCCCCUGCCCCUGCCAAGCCCGCAGAGACAACUUCAACCCCCGCUAGCAAGCCUGCCGCAAAACCACCGGUGGAGACGGUGACGCCUGUCGCCACAGCUCCGGCUGCCAAGCCGGCCGCCGAGGUCAAGAAGCCGGCCCCUCAACCAGCAGCGGAAACUAAAAGUCCUGCACCCAAACCAGCUGAGACCAAGAGCGCUGCUCCUCAACCAGCAGCGGAAACUAAAAGUCCUGCACCCAAACCAGCUGAGACCAAAAGCGCUGCUCCUCAACCAGCAGCAGAAACGAAAAGUCCUGCACCUAAACCAGCUGAGGCAAAAAGUCCUGCUAAACCAGUAGAGGAGCCGAAAGCUGCCACUCCAAAAGCCCCAGAAAAGGAGACCAAAAGUGCAGUGGCGCCAUCGGCUCCAGCUGAGACGAAGAGUGCUACUCCUUCUAAACCAGCUGCAGAAGUCAAGAGUCCAGCCGUACCUCCUGCAAAAGAGACCAAGAGUCCGGCUGCACCUCCUGCAAAAGAAGUCAAGAGUUCAGCUGCACCUCCUGCAACAGAAGCAAAGAGUCCAGCGGCUCCUCCUGCAACAGAAGCCAAGAGUCCGGCGGCACCUCCUGUGACGGAAGCUAAGAGUCCGGCUGCACCUCCUGUAAAAGAGACCAAGAGUCCAGCUGCACCUCCUGCAACAGAAGCUAAGAGUCCGGCUGCACCUCCUGUAAAAGAGACCAAGAGUCCAGCUGCACCUCCUGCAACAGAAGCUAAGAGUCCGGCUGCACCUCCUGUAAAAGAAGCUAAGAGUCCAGCUGCACCUCCUGCAACAGAAGCUAAGAGUCCGGCUGCUCCUCCUGCAACAGAAGCUAAGAGUCCGGCUGCACCUCCUGUAAAAGAAGCUAAGAGUCCAGCUGCACCUCCUGCAACAGAAGCUAAGAGUCCGGCUGCUCCUCCUGCAACAGAAGCUAAGAGUCCGGCUCCACCUCCUGUAAAAGAAGCCAAGAGUCCAGCUGCUCCUCCUGCAACAGAAGCUAAGAGUCCGGCUGCACCUCCUGUAAAAGAAGCCAAGAGUCCAGCUGCUCCUCCUUCAACAGAAGCUAAGAGUCCGGCUGCACCUCCUGCUGUGGAACCCAAGGCUCCUGCUGCUCCUGCUGCACCUCCUUCUGCUCCUCCAGCUGCUCCUGCUUCAAAGAGUCCUGCUCCUGCACCAGCUCCUGAAGCAAAGAGUCCUCCAGCUCCUGCUGCCCCAGCCGAGGCCAAGAGUCCCGCCGCGAAGCCCGACGUUGACGCGAAGAGCCCGGCAGUUCCGUCUGCAGCCGACACUAAAGUUCUGACAGCAACGCCGUCCACAGCCGAGCCCAAAUCACCCUCACCGAAGCCAGCUGAAGAUGGCGCCCCAGUGGCAGAGAAGUCUAGCUCAGCAGAAAAAGGGAAGGUUUAGGAGAAAAAAGAAACAGGGGUACAGGGGUGUGAGAUGAACUCAAGUCCGAUUGGUGGUCAUGGUGUGUCAUCCUUUAUGUUUUGGAAAAGAGGAGCUUUUUGGACUCACAGGGUGGUUGGUUGUGGGUCCAAGUAGCCGGACGUAAGGUGCAAUAUUGUAGUUAUCCUACAUUUUUCAACAACUUUUUUUAUAUGUCACUGUAGAUUCUGUGUAUUCUGGAUUUGCUUUAGCGGUCUAUCAUUAGGUUAAAAAGGGAUUUGUUCAUUUUGUAGCCUUAAUUGAUCUAUUUAUUGAAAGGCUUUACAACAUGGAACAACGCCAAAGUGUCGAAAACAAACACACAUAGACCUCAAGCAUCCUUUUAUGUAACAUUUUAAUGUAAAAAAAACAAAAAAGCUAUUGGCUGCUGUCAGUGACCUAGAUAUAUGAGUAUAAAUGUAGUUUUUACCAUUGUGUCGCUUAAAUCAGUUUCAGGUAUGUUUGAUAGUAAAUAUUAUCAACACCAAGGCAUCAGAAGAUAAGACAAAAAUGAUACAGACCUGCCAGCUAUGAUCAAUGAAGAAGAUUGUGAUGUUAUCCUUAUCAGACCAACAUUAGAGAAAUGAAAGCUCCUCCUCUCACAUACAAUGUACAUGGAUUGUCUCAAUAGCAUAGCUAGAUAAUGUGGAAAAUGACAAUCGCUGUAAUUCCAAGGCAUCGGACAAGCACAAAGUACUUCUGCUUCUAGAAACCCAAAUUAGGAAACAUCGAAAGAUUUAGUGUUCUGCUGUAGAGCUCCGAUAAAGCUUUUCUAUAGACAAACUAUUGAUUAACUACCCAAUAGAUUUUAAUAACGUAAUUUCAUUCCAAUCUUAGAUCAAUAACCUAGAUCAAUUAGAUAUUAACGUUGUAUGAUUUUUACAUCUUGAGAACUUAAUUUCUCUAUUUGAAAACUAAUGCUAUUGUGUUGUGAGGUACUUCUGAAUGGAGCCAUCAGUGUCUUGCCAAGGCUGAAUCAUUUGACAUGAUGGGAAGUUUUUGAUGGGUGUGGUUUUCUCUUUAACACUUGAGUGAUAUUUCGCAUCGGUUUGUGUUGGCUUGCUCAGUGGGUAAAUUCUGAAUACCCCUUUGUGACACUUUAGAAGUUCUUUGUGGAGUAAUGUGAUUCAGUGAAAAAGAAAUCUGCUUUAUUCAACACUGUACAUCUCUAUUUUUUACCAUAGUCCAAAUAGUGCAUAGAUAUGCCACACAUUUUAUUUAUUUUUUGCCCAUAUUGCUUAAAUAGGAUAUAUAUAUAUAUAAAUAUAUUUAUAUAAAGUAAAAGUAUUUAUUCACAGGCACCUUUACAGUCCACCCUAAAAUGUGAAAAGGACCACAGUUGUAAUUCUGUGUAAAUGUAUUGUGAUAAUGUGUGUAAUGUGUUGCACUGACGGAAAAUAGCAAAAGAAUCACAUUCCUGUCGGAAUCGUGUUGUCGCCUGGUGUAUUUGACCUCUCCUAAUGAAAGCAGCUUCUUCUGUCUCCAUGGCAAUCCCAACUUAAAGUAACACGAUGUAGGCAUUCCGCUUUUCAUCAAUUUUCAAUGUACUGGGUUCCCGUUUAGUGCUAAAGAGGUUCUUAAUUCAUCUAAUGACAACCAAAAAGACCUGCUCCUACUCACAACAGUGUUACAUAGUGUAGUAUCAGGUAUUCCAGGAAAACAUUGGCAAUGUCAGAGACUCCAUUUUCCUGAUGUCAAGUCAGUGUAGCAUCAGAAUGAGUUUGAAGCCUUUUUUAUUCUGUUUUGAAGUAAAAGAACUACAUCGUGUUGCUUUAAACACUGUUUUACAACGCUUUAACACUGUACAGGAAAUAGCCGCAGCUUGCCUCCUCCCUGAGUUUGCUGGCUUUGGAUAAGAUCCACUACGGAUCGGAACAAAGGUUAGCACAGCUGUGGAACCUUAUGCAUAUAUGUAUAACCAACACAAACCUACUGUAUAGUCUGGAGAAGAGUCGUCUGUACAGAUUUUUACUCUUUCUAUGUAACAAUGCAAUGACUAAAUGUGAGCUUCUCUACACUUUCCUUAUUGUUAUUAUUUCAGUGGAAUUAUGGGAAAGGAUUAGUGAGAGGAGGCGGGAGAGUUGGGAACAGUGUCAUGAAAUAUUUCUUUGUUUUAAUUUAUUUAUUUAUUUACUUAUUUAUAAUUUUGUUAUUUACUGUUGCCUAAAACAAUUUCUCGGCAAGAGUUGUUUUUUUAUAAUUUUGUGAAUAAAUGUGAAUGCAUCUAAAAACAAGCCCUCCUACCUUAUUUUUUAAGAUGUCAACAAAGUUAACUAAAUUGACAAAGAGAUGAAGCAAUUCUGCAUAGAUGAUUGAAGUCACCUUUUUCUUUAAUUUUGAGAUACUGUAUCUGUUGCUUAACUGUUUUCUUUUUGUUUUUACCUUAAAUCUUGCAAAGACCUGCUCUUGAUCACAUAUACUGCAUCUUUAACCCAGCCCAGCCCUACACAAACUUAUUAAAGUGAUAUAGUCCACAUGAGGAACUUUAAGACCGUCAUAGGACGCUUCAUUUCUGAAAGAUGGUGAGGUUUUGUGUCAUGAAUACCUGCAUUAGGAACUGUGACUUCAAGAGAUCACCGUGUUACUCUAGAAAUGUAUCAGUAGAUUGUUACCAAGAUGUAAAAACUAUAUAUAUACUCCUGUACUUACAUAAAUAGUAUAUGUAGAUAUAUUUGUAUAUACAGUAAACGGUAAUAACGCUGUAUAGUAAAGCUCCAAAUACAAUAGAUGCAUAUGGCCAUAGCAGUUUCAUAGCUGCCUUUAAUUGAUGUACUUAGAUCUGACAUGUUAGACAGGUUGCCUAUGCAGACAGGAUAAGAGUUCUUUGGCACUGGGUGUUAAGUUAAUCAAAUGUUGAAAGUUAUGACAAAGUUAUUUUCACCAGAAGAUUCAGCAUUGCAGCACUGAAUUAACAAAGAUGCGGUUCAAUUUCCUUGCCAUUCUGCAUGCCUAGAGGAGUAGAUUGGCAUGGGAAUAUUUACAGAUGAGGACGUGAGGUGAAUGCAAAUCGGAGGUGUAAUCAAGUAUAUGGGACUUUUGGCAGCAGAACUGAAUGGGAAAACAGAACAACUUAGCUCUAAAACUGGACCAGAAAACUACCAUGUCAUUUGAAUAAACUGGAUGCAGGCUGGUUUGUUUCAACUGAUGUUGAACUGAACAACUGAAAUGUUGUUUUCAUUUCUUACAUCUACUACCGGCCAGAUUCAAAAGCAUUUUAAUGAACACGUGGCCUCUGUCAUUGACCGUUAUCAUGGUGACUGUCCCCUGUCCCUCAUUUUGCCUUGUUUACAUUGAUGGUGUCUUUAUGUUGUAUUUGUUUUGACAUUACGUUGUCUUUAUUUUGUAUUUUUAUUUACGUUUGCACAUGCUUGCAUGCUUAUAUGUGUGUGUGUGCGCGCGUGUGUGCGUGUGUGUGUGAGUGUGUAAGUGCACCUGUUUCGUCUUUCACUCCGUGUAGAAUGGAUUAAGUGUCACUGACUCCUCGCAGCUUCAUGUGCCUCUGUGCAAACUUUCCGAGCACUUUUUCUAAUCUGUCGUCUGAAUGUGGUGUGUUAAAUGUAUCAACCAUCCUGUAUGAGCCAUGUAGCAGGAGUUUACAUUCACGGGUAAUAUAGUCAGAUUCUGAGGGACGGAAAGGAAACUCAAUUACUCCUAAUCAGUAAGGAUUGUGUGAGGGGGAAAAUGUCACUCUUUAUUUGGAUAGUCCAUCAACAGGCUAUCUGCAGGUUCUCAGAUUAUAAAUAACCAAUCUUUGGACACAGGUUAUGAUUAAGGUUAAGGUUAGGGGUUGGGGUUGGUUUGGUUAAAAUGAUGUUCAGUUAUUGUUCAGCAAUAAUUUUACAUACUGAACUUGAAUGUCGACAAAUUAUCUGUUAAAUCUUAACGGAUGGAUUAUCCAUUAUCCAAGUGAAGUGUUUUCCCCAAAAAAAUGCUUGCAAAGUCUUUUUACAGUGCUUUAUUAAGAUCUGUAU